GAAGUUGUAGGCAUAUAUUUUGUACGAAGCUAGCUUUUCAUGAAGAUAUUCUUCUUUCUAGACAACACCUUAAAUUUCUUUCCUCUUCUUGUCAUCUUUGAGUCUUGAAUCGUGGAGACUUCUGGUUUCUUCAUGUACUUCCUUCCUUUCCUUUCUCAAAGGACUUUUGCGCGUGCCCUUCGCGCGCUGUCCUACUCCUCCUCCUUCGGUUCUUGCAAACAAGCUUGGUACUACCGUUGCCUUGGCCUUGACCCCUGAACGCCAAAUCUCUUUCUUCCUCUCAAGAUUCGUUUUUCGUGUUUCAUGUUUAGUGUUGUUUGUUUGUUUACUUGGAUUUGUCUAAAAUACUCUUAGAGCGAAAAAGAAAAGGCGAAAAAAGAGUAAGAAAGCAUGCUGAAGAGGAAGGUUUUGGAGAGAAUUAAUUUACAGAAGCAUAAGAAGACCAGUACUGAUGCUACACAUACUGUGAAGACGAACAGGUUUUUGAUCACAGUUAAUGUUCUUGGAAGCGCAGGACCGAUAAGGUUUGUGGUGAACGAGGAUGAUCUUGUAGCUCGAGUCAUCGACACUGCUCUUAAAUCCUACGCCCGCGAAGGCCGGCUACCUGUUCUUGGUUCAGAUGUCAAGGAUUUCCUUCUACACUGUGCUAAUGCAGGAUCUGACGCUUUAAGUCCGUGGGAAACUAUAGGAUCUCGCGGGGGAAGGAACUUUGUGCUGUCCAAGAAGCAGAAGCAAGUGCAGAAUAAUAAUAUUGCUGAAAGAAAGUCGGAGAUAACAGCUCCAAAGGGAACGGUGAGUAGCUGGAAGGCAUGGCUUAACAAAUCAUUCACUUUCAAGAUAUCAUCUCACUGAGCGAAUACACUCAUCUUCUCUUGGGGAACAUAUAUAUUUUUAUAUAGUUGAUAUGCGACAAUAAUUUAUUGUUCCAGUAAAGUGUGAGACAGUAAUUGAAAUCAUCGAAGAUUAUAUAUAUUCCUUGUCAAUAAUAUAAAUUUAUGCAUUAUUACUUGGUUUUGAGCCA